AUGUAUAGAGAAAGAAAAUGUCAUAAAGCAAGAACAAAUGCUAAUUUACAGCAAGAAUCAGAACGACCUGUAAUAUCAGUAAAUAUAGAAAGUAUACAUCCAAUUGGUGAAAAUAUUUCUACUUCAUCUCAAAUUGAAAAUAUUAAUAAUACAUCUGAAAAUGAAGAGAUUAUUAUAGCUACGUCUCAAAAUGAUAAUAUUGCAGAAAUAAAUGAAAAUAGAGUUAUAGAUACUGUUAAUUAUCAAACAUUAAAUGAAAAUCAACAAAAGGUUUUUAAACGAAUAGAGAUACAUUACCAAAAUAUACUUUCUGGUUUUCAAAUAACACUUACUACACAUAUUAAAGAAAAAUAUAAUAGAACUGAAUGUGAUCGAUUUUUAAAUGCUAUGUUUAUAUUACCAAAAUGGUCUGAAGUUGAUACAAUUAACUUAAAUAAACUUGAAUUUUUAAAGAAUCCUGUUGUCAAAGUUCUUGCUAAAUAUACUAGUGACCAAGAAGCUAAAAAAGCCGAUUCUGAUGUUGCUAAAGGUCUUGAAGCACAACUUUUAUUAGCUAAAAAUGCUCGAACAGAAGCUAGGUUAGUUAAUGGAUCAAUAGGAACUAUUUAUGAUAUUUUAUAUAAUGAGAAUGGUCCACCUUUUCUUCUUGUAGCAGUUUUUAUUGCUUUCGAUAAUUAUAAUGGUCCUGCUAUUAGAAUAUUAGAAG